GUUUAACCAAUAGAACAUUAGAUUCUCCAAUUGUUUUAUGUACAUACUUCAACUGAUUUUUGCAUUUUGUCAUCAUUUACUAUAAAUUGCAGUAUAACUGAGAGUUGUUGAAAACAAGGAUUGGUUAGAAACUGAACUUUUGGUUGUUAAAGGCUGAAUUUUUUUGUCUUUCUUGAUUUGGUUGGUGAAAAAAGAUUUGAGUCUUUUUUGUUAUUCUUGAUUUGGGUUUCUCUUUUAAAGGAAAAAUAUUGAAUUUUUUUUGCUUAUUCUUGAUUUGGGUAUUUCUUACAAGGGAAAAAGAUUGCGUUUUUUUGGUUAUUGUUGAUUUGGGUAUUUCUUACAAGUGAAAAAGAUUGAGUCUUUUUGGUUAUUCUUGAGUUGGGUAUUUCUUUCAAGUGAAAAAGAUCGAGUCUUUUUGGUUAUUUCUUUCAAGUGAAAAAGAUUGAGUCUUUUUGUUAUUCUUGAUUUGGGUAUUUGUGUUCUUUUGAGUUUGAGAUUUAAGAGCUUGUGGGUGUGUGAUUUAGUGAUUUUGGAUUGGAUAGAAUGGAGGAAAAGUAUGAGCUUUUGAAGGAACUUGGUGCUGGGAAUUUUGGAGUAGCAAGGUUAGUCAAGGAUAAGAAGACAAAGGAGCUUUUAGCUGUCAAAUAUAUAGAAAGAGGGAAAAAGAUUGAUGAGAAUGUGCAGAGAGAAAUUAUAAAUCAUAGAUCGUUGAGGCAUCCGAACAUUGUUAGGUUUAAAGAGGUCCUGGUUACUCCGUCGCAUUUGGCAAUUGUUAUGGAGUACGCAGCAGGUGGAGAACUUUUUGGUAGAAUAUGCAGUGCUGGCAGAUUUAGUGAAGAUGAGGCUCGUUUCUUCUUCCAACAGCUUAUAUCCGGUGUCAGCUACUGUCAUACCAUGGAAAUUUGUCACAGGGACUUGAAACUGGAAAACACUCUUCUUGAUGGAAGUCCUUCACCACGUUUAAAAAUAUGCGAUUUUGGUUAUUCCAAGUCUGGUUUGCUGCAUUCACAACCAAAGUCGACUGUGGGAACUCCUGCUUACAUUGCCCCCGAGGUCCUGUCACGAAAGGAAUAUGAUGGGAAGAUCGCAGACGUGUGGUCAUGUGGAGUGACACUAUAUGUAAUGUUAGUAGGAGCAUACCCUUUUGAGGAUCCUGAAGAUCCGAAAAACUUCAGGAAAACCAUUGGGAGAAUAAUGAGUGCCCAACACUCCAUACCCGACUAUGUACGAAUCACACCAGAUUGCAAGAACCUCCUUUCGCGAAUCUUUGUUGCAAAUCCCUCUAAGAGGAUAACUAUUCCUGAGAUAAAGAAACAUCCUUGGUUCUUAAAGAAUCUGCCAAAAGAGCUGAUGGAUGUUGAGCACACGAAAUUCGAAGAAGCUUCAGAGCAACUACAACAAAGUGUGGAAGAAAUCAUGAAGAUGAUACAAGAAGCUAAAAUACCUGGAGUAGUGUCAAAAUCUGAAGGGAAAGAUCAUGCAGGGACAACAGAACAAGAUGAUUUAGAGGAAGACCUCGAAUCGGAAAUCGACAGCAGCAAUGACUUUGCUGUUUAUGUCUGAGGAUGAUAUUUUAUGAUCAAUUGGACUUAUAAGAGUAAAUGUUUAAUUUUUAUCUCCUAUGAAUUGUCUAUUAUGUUGUACAGAAGAGUUAUGCACAGAGCUAUUUACUGAGUUCUAAGUGUGCAUUUCAAAUUUGUUAGAUGGAUGUAAUGUUUGCUACAAACAGAUUAUGUAACUUUUGAAGUUUUAACCAUUUGGUAUCUGUCUAA